GUUGCUGCAUUGAAAGAUGAUGAAUAUAAGAAGCUGUUAAAGCACGUAGGCAAGUUUGGAGACAAUUUGGUUCUUGCAGAAAGAUAUGAUCCCAAGAUAUGGUUGGUGGGAGACGGCCUGACCAAAGAAGAACAGUUGAAGGCACCCAAAGGAACAAUAUUCAUUCCAUUUUCCCAAUUCCCACCAAGAAAAGUUCGCAAAGAUUGCUACUACCACAGUACUCCGGCCAUGGUGGCUCCUAAAUCUAUUGAGAACAUGCACUCUUGUGAGAAUUGGUUGCCAAGAAGGAUAAUGAGUGCUUGGCGAGUUGCUGGGAUAAUUCAUGGUUUGGAAGGAUGGGAUGUUCACGAGUGUGGUCACACCAUUUUUGGGAUUGGGAAAGUUUGGGAGGCCACUCUGCAACAUGGGUUUCGUCCUUUGUCAAUCCCCACUUAG